UUGCACAUAUAUAAGGACAUGAAGCUUUUGGAAAAUUAAGCACAUUAUCAAGAGCACAACAAAAAGUUCUCAAUGGCCCUUCAAUUGCUUGCCCCAUUUUCUAGUUGCUCUUUCCCUAAACAGCCACUAAGAAAUCACAACCCAUUCAUAUUAUCAAAAAAGGGGAAAAUUUCCAGCCCUCUUGGAUGCAUGCUUUGUCCAAAACUUGCCAAGAAAACUACUGUAAGACGAUCUGCAAAUUACCAGCCUCCCAUUUGGGAAUAUGAUUUUGUGCAGUCGCUGAAGAGUGAAUAUGGGGGACAUGUGUACACAAAACGGAUCAAUAAGCUGAAGGAAGAGGUGAGGGUGAUGCUUAAGCAAGCUGUGAAUCCUUUGGAUCAGUUCCAACUAAUUGAUACCUUGCAAAGACUUGGAUUAGCUUAUCACUUUGAAGAUGAAAUAAAGAGAAUUUUGAUGAGCAUUUACACCCAUGAUAGCUACGAAAAUACACAGAUGAGGGAGGAUUUAUAUGCUACAGCUCUUGAAUUUAGACUCCUGAGACAACAGGGAUAUAAAAUACCCCAAGAGAUCUUCAAUAGUUUUCGAGAUGAGAUGGGAAACUUCAAAAUGUGUCUAUCUGAGGAUUGGGAGGGAAUGCUAUCUUUGUAUGAGGCAUCAUUCCUUUCAGAGGAAGGUGAAAGUAUCUUACAAUUUGCAAGAGAUUUUACAACCACUUCUCUAAAGAAGUAUGUUGAGCAAAGCGAAGACCAAAAUCUAUCCAUGAUAAUAAGUCAUGCAUUGGAGCUCCCACUGCAUUGGAGGAUGCUAAGGUUGGAGAGCAGAUGGUAUAUAGAUGUAUAUGAGAGAAAACAAGGCAUGAAUCCUCUUCUGCUAGAACUUGCUAAAUUGGAUUUCAACAGUGUGCAAGCAACACACCAAGACGAUCUAAAAUAUGUGUCAAGGUGGUGGAGGAAUACUGGUUUGGGGGAAAAGUUGAGCUUUGCCAGAGACAGGAUAGUGGAGAACUUCUUAUGGACAAUUGGGGAGACAUUCGAGCCACAAUUCAGCUAUUGCAGGAGAAUGAGCACAAAAGUCAAUUCACUAUUAACAACAAUCGAUGAUAUCUAUGACGUGUAUGGCACUUUGGAUGAGCUUGAGCUGUUCACUGAUGCUGUUCAAAGAUGGGAUGUCAAUGCAAUAGAGCAGCUUCCAGAUUAUAUGAAGUUAUGUUUCCUUUCUCUCUAUAACACAAUAAAUGAAAUAGCUUUUGAUGUCCUAAAGGAACAAGAAUUUCACAUCAUCCCCUACUUGAAAAAAGCCUUGGCAGACAUAUGCAAAUCAUACUUAUUGGAGGCCAAGUGGUACCAUAGUGGAUAUACAACAAGUUUACAAGAAUAUCUCGACAACGCAUGGAUCUCUUCUGCAGCUCCUGUGAUGCUGGUCCAUGCUUAUUUUCUUGUAAAAUCUCCAAUCACAAAUGAUGCCUUGAAAUGCUUGGAAGAGUAUUCCAAUGUAAUUCGAUGUUCAUCAAUGAUUGUUAGACUUGCAGAUGACCUUGGAACAUCAUCAGAUGAAUUAAAGAGAGGCGAUGUUCCGAAAUCAAUUCAAUGUUACAUGCAUGAAACGGGAGCUUCAGAAGCAAAAGCUCGUGAUCACAUUCGAUUUCUAAUUAGCGAAACAUGGAACAAAAUGAAUAAAGAAAGGGUUGCAGAUUCUCCAUUCUCGGAAACUUUUAUUGGCGUAGUAAUUAACCUAGCUAGAGUGGCACAAUGCAUGUACCAGUAUGGAGAUGGGCAUGGGAUUGGGAACCAUGAGACCAAGGACCAUGUUCUAUCAUUGCUUGUUCAACCAAUUCCCUGCCUAUCUGUAACCAUUUAAUGGAUUAAAAACUAAAUAUAUGAUAGGUGGAGAUUCUAAUUAAGUUUGUUAUGUUGGUUUUGAGGAUGGAAAUCAUUGGGGAUUAUUGUAAAUUGAUCAUGAACUCUAUUUUCAAAAACGUUCUUAUCUUUUUCUGUUUAAG